AUGUGGCUUUUAUGCAACAAAGUUUUGGGCAAUGACGCUGUGAAACCAUCUAAACUGCAAGAUCAUCUGAGAAGAUGCCACCCUGAUAAAACACUCAAAGAUAAAUUUCAGAAGAGACCUACAGUGGACAGAAUGUUCGCUUCGACGUCACAAAGAAAUGAUGAUGGUUUGCGGGCAUCUUACAAUAUCUCGUUACUUAUUGCAAAAUCCGGAAAACCGCAUACUAUCGAAGAGAAGUUAAUUUUGCCAGCCGUUGAAGAGGUUUUAAAAACUGUUUUACACAAACCUGCAUCUGAUAUCAUUAAAAGAAUUCCUUUAAGCAACAAUACUGUUGAAAGACGUAUUGAUGAAAUGAGUUCUGAUAUUGAAAGCUUGUUAUGUAAUUAUUUGCAAACUACCCAUUUCUCUAUACAACUGGACGAAUCAACUUUACCUGAUAAUGCAGCAUUAUUAUUGGCAUAUGUUCGUCUUAUUAUGAAUCAAGAAAUCUACGAAGAACUGCUCUUCGCAAGAACUUUGAUAACCGACACUAAAGGUGAAUCAAUAUUUCAUAUUUUGAAGGAUUACUUCAUUGAAAAAGCAAUUCCUUUAUCAAAUAUAAUAUCAGUAGCUACAGAUGGAGCACCUGCCAUGGUUGGACGUUAUCGUGGAUUUAUAAGCUAUUUAAAACAAAAUGUGUCAGGGGUGUUAGCAAUACAUUGCAUCGUCCAUCGACAACAUUUAGUUGCUAAAAAUUUGCAGUAA